CACCCCGGUAAAUGUAAACAAUGCAGAAGCUUGGUCUCGGCUGCCCGCUGGGUUUCCUAGCCAGCAAACAACAAAAACGAAAAACGAUUAUAUUGGAUCUGAAUUACGACUGUUAUGUGAAGAUAUUUGCAUAUUUGACCGCGCUCGAUGACAAACUGAAUCUAGCACGAGCCCAUCCGCAGUUUCGUGAUGUUUUCAUGCAAGAGGCGCCGCGUCGCUUUGCCAAAAUCAACAUGCGAAUGCUGCGCAGCCUGGCCGACUGGCCUUAUCUGCUGGGAAUGUGCGGCGAUAGCGUGUUGGAGUGUGAGUUGCGACAUGGACGCUGGGAUGAUAACAUAACGUUGCCAUUCCUAGGGCUAUUGAAUACCCAUUGUCCCAAUAUGCAACACUUGCACCUGAUUUUCGUACACUACGUGCCGCUGACACAGAUGCAGGGCACCGAAGCCAAUAUACUGCAAGUGAUGCAGCGCAAAGAUCUCAAAAGCAUCAGCUUAACCGAUGCCAAUGCGCCAAUUGUACUGCAACUGCAGCAUUUUAAGCAGCUGGAGGCGCUGCAUAUUGAUGGCUUUGACGAGGAGCUGCUGGAUGAUGAGUUCAUGGAGCAACUGCAGGCUUUGCCAUCUUUGCGCCGCCUCUCACUAAGAUUCGCCGUACGACGACAGUUUCCUCCUCUCGCUGAACACUGUCCGCAGCUGGAGCAUUUGUCGCUGGAGAACUUUGAAACAACGCUUAGUGAUCUGGGCGAUUUUCCCUCUUUGAAAUCGCUCAAUUUGAUAUGGCGCCUCUUCACACAAGUGAACAACAACCUCUUUCGCUCGCUGGCCAAGCGCUAUGCGGAUCGCUUGGAGCAAUUGCAGCUGACAAAAGUGAAACCACAGCAGGCAGAGCAUAUCACAGCGCUGGCCAAUCUCAAGAUGCUUGCUUGUCCUAUGUGGCCACGGGAGGCGCUGAGCAACUUGUGCGAGUUGCAGCAAUUGGAGUGCUUGGUCUUGCAGUGCACUGAGGCUGCAGUAAGCGUGAUGGAGUUGUUGGAUGUGAUUAGCAAUUGCCGUAAGUUGCAACACUUAAAGCUGGGAAAGCGCUGGCUGGACGACCAGCUGGAGCAGCUUAUUAGUGCAGCACAGAAAGCUUUACGCGCACAAAAGACGCGACCACCUUUGUUACUUACUUUGGAGUCGAUAGCCGUAAAGGAAUUGCAAGAUGAGUUGCGGGGUAGGACAAACUGCCAGUUUUUGCAGCUCGACUGGCGUCGAACAGCUUGCGAAUUAUGCACACCGGAUCGACACACCAAACACGAAGUAUUUCUAGAUUAAGCUCACCUCACAAUGUGACUGCUCAAU